AAAAAUAAAUCAAAUUUGGAAGUUGGAAUUAGUUUGUUUUUUUCAAUCUGGGAAAAAAACAACCAGAUUUACAUUGGGAAUGGGGCCCAUAUUCGGACCCCUGGCAUAGGGUGGAAAAGGCCUGUCAAUGACAGUUUGACCAGUGACAUAUACAGCUCAGAACAGGUUAUUUACUUGUGGUCUGAGAUGGCUGACCAGGAAGAAGACAUUCUGAAGAUUCUGAUUGCCACCGACAACCAUCUGGGAUAUGCAGAGAAGGACCCAGUCCGAGGCAACGAUUCCUUGGUGGCCUUUGAAGAAAUCCUCGAAAAUGCUCGUAAACAUGAAGUGGAUUUUGUGUUACUGGGUGGUGAUUUAUUUCACGAGAACAAGCCCUCCAGACGAAUUAUCCAUGGAACAAUGGCAUUGUUUAGAAACUACUGCCUUGGUGAUAAACCAGUACAGUUUGAAGUCUUAAGCGAUCAGUCAAAGAAUUUUGAACAUUGUCAGUUUCCCGGGUUAAAUUAUGAAGACCCAAACUUGAAUAUAGCAAUUCCUGUGUUUUCAAUACAUGGUAAUCAUGAUGAUCCUACAGGCCAGGGAAAUCUAUGUUCAUUGGACCUUUUGCACACUGCCGGCUAUGUGAACUAUUUCGGGAAAACAAACUCUUUAGAUAAAAUACAGGUGAGUCCGUUGCUCUUUCAGAAAGGUUCAACUAAACUGGCUUUGUAUGGACUGGGUUCAGUGAGGGAUGAGCGGUUGCAUAGAAUUUUUCUGCACAAAAACGUGACAAUGCUUAGACCAAAGGAAAACAAGGAUGAAUGGUUCAACAUGUUUGUGAUUCACCAGAAUCGCUCAAAGCACGGUCCAACUAAUCACAUUCCAGAACAGUUUCUUGAUGAUUUUUUAGACCUUGUAUUAUGGGGACAUGAACAUGAGUGCCGUAUUGAGGCAGAAUGGAAUAGUGUUCAGAAUUUCUACGUAACACAGCCUGGAAGUAGCGUUGCAACAUCGCUGAGUGAAGGAGAGACUGCGCCUAAAUAUUGCGGCUUGCUUCAAAUCAAGGGGAAGGAUUUUAAAAUUGAAAAAAUACGUCUUGAGACUGUAAGACAGUUUUACAUGGAGGAUAUCGUGCUGAAGGAUACAACAUUAGACCCACUUGACCAUGACAUUGGAAAAAAGGUGGAGAGCUAUUGUCAGAAACGAGUGGAGGCUUUACUGGAAAAAGCAGCGCAGGAGCACACAGGCAACAAAAAGCAGCCACGACAGCCCCUUAUCCGUAUACGAGUGGACUACUCAGGGGGCUUUGAACCCUUCAGUCAGCACAGGUUUGGACAGAAGUUUGUGGACCGUGUUGCCAACCCCAAGGACAUGAUCUACUUCAGUAGGAAGAAGGCAAUGGCUGCUAAGAAGGAGGGAGAUGGAGUGGAUGUAGAGCUGGAUGAGAUACAGGUGGACAGACAGGACACGGCCCGUGUAGAGGACAUGGUUAAGGAGUACUUCAGUAAAGCUGAUGAAAAACUGAAGCUGCAGGUUCUCUCAGAGAAGGGUAUUGGGAUGGCUGUGAAAGAGUUUGUAGACAAGGAAGAAAGGGAUGCCAUACCAGACCUUGUAACACAUCAGCUGAAGAAAACACAGGAUCAUCUGAAGAAGCGCAGCACCAAUGAAGAUGUGAUAGACGAAGAAGUGCACCGCUUCAAAGAAGAGCGACAGCGCUCAAAGGAAGAAGACACAGAGGUGAAGGCCAUACUUGAACAAUCAGCGAAGAAACCCCACGACGAAAAAUCGGAUCACAGUGACAUUGAGCUGAAUGGCGACGAUUCCGAUGAAAGUUCAACAUCUAAAGCCUCAAGUGCAAGGGGACGUGGUCGCGGGAGUAGGGGUGGGCCUGGGUCAAGAGGGGGGCGGGGCUCUAGAGGAGGAAAGGGGGAGGGGUCAGGUGGUGGCCAGGGAUCUCGUGGGGGGAGGGGAGGGAGGGGGAAGGCAGCUGUUGUGGAGGAGAGUCAGAAAAGCAUCAUGGACUCGUUCUCGGCUGGGCGACCCAAAACUGCUAGAGCCGCACAGAAAAGCUAUCUGAUAUCCGAUUCAGAAUCAGAAAAAGACAUUAUUGAGCUCAACUCCAGUGAUGAUGACCCGUUUGGAGACAAUGCCUCCAGCAAAAAGAAACCAGCUGCGACCAAAACCAUGGGUAAAACUGGGAACAAGAGGGGAGGUCCCAUGCAGUACGAUUCAGAUUCAGAUGAAGACAAACAAGUUCGGAAAAGAAGACGAUAAUUAUACACAAGAUUCUUACAAAUGAGCUGCCUCAUAUGUAAAUGUGGCCAUCGUUUCUUCAGACCAGUCCGCAACUCAAAUGUAACUUACUGGUCGGGAGAUUUUGAAGAAGUUUUGCUAGUUUGAAAACAAUGACAUAAACUGCUCAAAUGUAACUUACUAUUCAGGAGGUUUUGAAGAUUAAGUGCUAGUUUAAAACAAUGAAAUUAACUGCUCAAAGUUAUCGGCCAAUUUUAUUUCAAAGUUUCAAUACACGUACAAGUAGCUAGUUAUUGAUUCAGGAGUUAACAUGCCAGUUUAAUGACAAGGACGAAAAUUGCACUCACUUGUAAUAAACUAUGGCUUACUGUUACUGAAGGGUUAUGGAUAGUUAUAAUAUUACAGCUCGCAGAUAUAUAUGAACCUACAGGAACUGUACUUGUUUAAAUAUAUGUUAUAAUUACACGUAUGCUUAAAGUAUUCACCAAGAACUACUGUAUGUAGUUGUUGUUCAAAAUUUUGAUACUAGUAUAGUGAUAAAAAAAUUAUGUAUGAAAGCCAUCUGAUAAAAAAGUGAUAACUGCAGGUGCUCCUUAAUUUUUAGCGAGGCUGUUUUUGGAGAAAACCCGAGCAAUGUCAUAGCCAUCUCGUCGUGUCGUCCGCCAGCGUCGUGUUAAUUGGCGCUAAGUGCUACCACCUACCACUUUGCAACUUCAUAUCAUGUAGAUGCACCUUGAUGAGUUCUACACGCCACACCCAUUCAUGGGUCACUAGGUCAAAGGUCAAGGUCACUUCAACCUCUAAAAAAAAAUCUGACAAGCUUUCGCAGCCGAGCGUGGCACCCGUUAUGCGGUGCUCUUGUUUACCCAGAGUUAUAAAUCUAGUCGAAAGUUUAUCGUAUAAAAUUAUUUUCCUGAUAGUUGUUGGUCUAUUCGCAUACUGGUGGUGUUUUUAAACGUCAUAUCAACGAGAAACUAUUUAUAAAAUAUUGUCUGCAUUUAUGAUGCAUUAGCAUUUGUAUUUUAACCAGUCACCAUUCUUUACUACUAAUGAAGAUAAGACUAUUCUUUAUAAUUCGGUUUCAUUUGGCUGUGUCUCUGUUGUGAAAGCAUGUAAAGUAAUGAUGAAAUGUUGCAAUACACUUCAGUUGGUUCUGUUAUGUUACGCAUCUAUGUUAGUGCUUAUUUUUGCUUAAAUUUGUUACGGCUAUGAAAUAUUGUUGAAAUUCAUAUAAUAAAUGUGAAUGUAAAACAGG